CGUUCUCCACCAACACAGGGGCGCAACCCACGACAAAUGAGUUGCCCAACUCGGUCGCUCUUACGACCAGCAAUGGGGUGCUGAGGACACAAUCUGUUAUACCCCGGGUCCCCCACGUGGGUCUUAAGUAGGAAACUAUUACUCAAGAAAAACGUUUGUAAAAAUCACAUACGUGGAUUCAUACAGUUUACACAUUGAUUUGUCAAUUCAUCCAGCACUGAACCAGGACAAUAACAGUGAAUCCUUACAAGUCAAUCGAUAUUCUUUAACUUAACACACUGUGACUCUUUCAAGAAACCCUGUGGAACUCAUUGAGAGACGUAACCGGUUGCAUGGUUAAAGAGAAUCAAUAACAUAGUGUACGUUGGUAACAUAAAUGAGUAUUUAGCGACCACAUUGCACGAGAGAAAGAUGAACGCUGUGCUGUGUCUAAUCACUGUCUUCAUCCCAGUCGUGUAUGCAGGAAACGUAUCGAGGCAUCGUUUUGACAGACAAGUUGCACUUGAAAGUCUAAUGGCAAUGGAAAAGCCCUCCAGUAGACAGACGUCUCUUGAUGAAAGGACCUGUGCUGAUCUCUGUGUCCAGGACGGACUCUGUGCUGCUGUCACCUACCACGAUGGCCAAUGCGCCAUGUACAGAUCUACUCUCACGUCCUCUGGGACAUCUUUCCCUGGAGCUAAGCACUUCAUCAAGGCAGGAGCCCUUCCUGAUCCAGACCCAUGUCCUGUAUCCAGGGGCUACACGUCCGUGUUGUCUCCCCGGCUGUGUUACAAGUACAUAUCAACCUUCAACAACUGGACUUCUCAAAAUGAUCUGUGCCAUUCUGAAGGUGGCCGCCUUGUCGUCCUCAACAGUCAGGAGAAACAGGAGUUCAUGGCCUCAUUCCAGAAUCAGGCUGAGAUGUUUCACUCCCUCUGGGUUGGAAUGCAGAGCUCCAGCAGCAUCGAUGUGUUUACCUGGCAGGAUGGGUCCACCUAUGUCUGGAAGUGGCUACCUGGCGAACCAGACUACGUUAGUUACCAGAGAUGUGGACAGCUGUAUCAUGGUGAGAUGUCUGACGCCGAAUGUGACCUCCAUCGUCAGUCCGUCUGUGAGAUACCGCUGUAAGACUUUGGGCUAUCAACGCUAUCUGUGAGACAUCAAUGUGAGACUGCCAGAUACUAACACGAUGCUGUAACAUACCAACAUAAAACUUAUAGAUAUUGUGGAAUUCCAAUUUGACAAUGAAAAAUAACAACGUCCUCACGUUCUCGUUUUGUAUACAUAUAAUCAUAACAGAUAGUAUAAAUUCUGUAUAUUGUUAAA